AUGGGCGGUCCAGUGAUCCGUGUUGUCCCGCACGAAGUUGUUCCACUGCCGAGUCUGCUCUGUCCAACGCGCGUCGUUGGACUCUACGAACGACGUCCAACGUGCGUCGUUGGUCUCUACGAACGACGUCCAACGCGCGUGGUUCUGCUCAGUGAAAGCAGUCCAACAGGCAUCAUUCCGAGCCUGAUACUCAGAAAACCUGACAGGGGCCCUGUCGGAAUAAGCAUCGGAAUGGCCCGGUAUCGGAAGUGGAAGCUGAGAGGACUCCUGAUGAGGCUCGUCAUCGGCGGUAGCGUGGAGUGGUGUCUGAGAUGGGGCACUUGA